AUGCCUGCAACAAAACGCUCAAGACCGCCCGCGAGAGCAUCUUCAGCAGCAAACAAAAGAAGUUCAUCUCGCUCCGUCUCUCGAGCAGCAAAGCGUCAAGAUGCCACGCCGUCAAGCAGCGAUUCUGACUUUGAGGCCGAAGUUGAAGAUGAAGUUGACAUGGAAGACAUCCCACCAGAGAACGACGCCAAAAGACGAAAAGUAGCAGCUCCUGCAUUGCGUUCAGUCAAAUUCGACGGCAUCCUCAGCAAGAGACUCUUUGCACAAGAGGCCAGAGAAGCGGCAAAGGAAGAGACAUGCUUCCCACCUUCACGCCGGCAUUCCGUCUUAUACCACAGGCCCCUCCUCUUGGAUGAGCAAGUUGGAUCUCAAGGUCGCAAGGCUUUGCUCUCGUGGUUUGACUCAGUCAGUCAAUCACGGUCCAUGCCGUGGCGGAAAGCCUGGGUCGACCCAAAGACGAUAUCGGAUCCAGCAGAGCUUCGAAAGACGCUCGAGAAGCGCGCAUACGAGGUAUGGAUCAGCGAAAUCAUGCUGCAACAGACUCGAGUGGCCGUCGUGAUUGACUACUGGAGCCGCUGGAUGGACAAAUGGCCAACAAUCCAUGACCUGGCGGCAGCAAAGUCAGAAGAUGUGCUUGCUGCGUGGAGCGGACUCGGGUAUUACAGCCGUGCGACGAGAAUCCAUGAAGCAGCAAAGCUGGCAGUUAGCGACUCAGACAUGAAGGGCCUAUUACCAUCUUCGGCAAAGGAGCUUGAGGCAAAGAUGCCCGGCGUUGGGAGAUAUACCGCUGGCGCCAUUUCAUGCAUCGUCUUCGGCCGCGCAGAGCCAAUGGUCGACGGCAACGUGCUGCGAGUACUGAGCAGGCAGCUGGGGAUACACGGCAACAUCAAGACGGGCAAGGCUGUCAUCGACUCCAUCUGGGCCGCGGCAGAUGCAAUUGUCAAAGCCACGGCCGAACCGGGACGAUGGGGUCAGGCGCUGAUGGAGCUGGGCAGUACAAUCUGUACACCAAACCCAAACUGCUCUCAGUGUCCCAUUACAUCGACAUGUCGCGUUUAUCAAGAAGGCAAACUGAAAGCGAACAAGUCAAAGGAAAAGUCUCCGAGGGUAGUCGACAUUGAAGACUUGUGCAUCUUAUGCGAAGAAUUUGACGAAGCCGAAGGCGACAGCGACGAAAACUCGACCCAGGACAAGAAAGUUAGCAAUGCAAAGAAGAUGGAAGCAAAGAAAAGCAAGCAGCCCACGCUGGCAGCAUUUGCGUUUACGCGAAAACCCGUUAGCAACUCAUCAUCCCCUUCACCCUCUCCGUCAUCAACAACCUCAGCCACUUCCAAGGCAACAAUGGACACAAUCACUAGCUACGCUCGCAGAUUCCCCGUCAAGGCCGUCAAAAAGGCUGUCCGCGAAGAAGAAACGCUUGUGUGCGCCAUCCGCCGGAGCGACGGCCACUAUCUCAUCCACCGCCGUCCUCUCAAGGGUCUACUCGCCGGACUAUGGGAGUUUCCCAGCAAAUUGCUCGAGCCGUCGACAAAGUCGGAUAAGAAGAAGCGCGAGCGGCUGGCCCAUGAAUACGUGUCGGACUUACUGAAUGGCGACAAGGGCCGUGGAAAGACAAAGAUAUCGUGUGAGGGCGAGUUAGGGAACGUGCCGUGGCUUUUCUCGCACAUCAAGCUGACGAUGCAUGUCUACUUGUUUGAGGUGGGAGAUGAUGCUGCGGUGGUAGAGGAUGAAGACCAGCCGAGACGGUGGGUGGCUGGAGGGGAUGUUGACGCUGAGAAUAUGGGGACGGGGAUGAAGAAGUGCUGGGAGAUGGUGAAGGGGGCAUUGGAGGAGCCGUGA